GUCGAAAUAUUAUUAGGAUUACUCUAUAUUGAUAUAUAGAAUAUUUAGAUUUGUUUAUUAUCCUUAGAUAGCAACUACAAACAUUCACAAAUAGGAACCACAGCCAGAUAUGACAAUAUCUCAAGAUAUUUGCAGUAUUAUGUGAUGAGGCAUAUCGAUGUAUUAAUAUAAGUAGCAUGCUUUUGGUAUUAAAUGUUUAUAUUUGUGAUGUCGCCCGAUCGCCAUCACUACACGUCACAUCUGGUAUCGAUAGUGAACAAACACAGUAUUUUGCAAGCAAGAGAGCUAAUAUGUUGUUGCUAAGGUUGCAAUAAUGUACUAAAUCUCAGAUUAUCAUUCUGUUUGCCUUAGCGGAGUGCUUUUUUAAUAGCGCACAUAUCACAAACAGAUGAAAAUAGCUCAUUCAUGGAUAUUUAAGCCCUUCUCUUACCUCUAUUACCACAAUCAUCGCGCAUUCUACCCCUCAAAUGUUCAUGAGAGAUUUCUUGGGUAUUACAAUUGCUAGUGCUUCAGUUCUGGCUUCAGCUGUCCUCGACUCUACCGAAACAGAUGUGAACUUAAACCCAAAACAUAGUGACAGUGACAGUUGGAAGGUUGAGUAUGAUCACAAGCACCACGAUUAUCAUGACGAUCAUGGCUAUCACAACAAGUUCGACAUCUUCGCCAGUCCAGAGGGCAACGGUCUGGGAGGAACCUUGAAGACAUUCACUAUCAACAUCACCGAGAGUCGCAAGUCACUCACCAACGGCUCAAGUCGUUUUCAUUAUGAGAUCAAUGAUCAAGUGUAUGGCACACCAAUUAUCAUAGAUGAAGGUGAUGAGGUCGAGUUUAUCAUCGACAAUUACAGUUUCACCGAAACGACGAUCCAUCUUCAUGGCCUCCUCCAACAACUCUCUCCUUGGGCAGAUGGUGUGCCAGGAGUAACGCAAUCCGUCAUUCCACAAAACAAGCGUUUCAUUUACAGAACCCGUAUCAUGGAUCAACACGGUCUAUACUGGGCUCAUUCACAUCUACGUGAGACCUAUUCUGACGGCAUCGUGUUCCCAUUUUAUGUUCGACCAGCUCCAGACAGACCAAAACCAUUCAGCUUGCUCACUAAUGACAGUCAGGAGAUAUCUACAUUGGAAGCCUUGAAUGAUGACCCGGUUAUUAUUACUUUGAGUGACUAUACCGUAAUGCCAAGUAAUGAGAGAAAAGUAUCUGAAUUCAAUUGGGCUUUUGGAUUCUUAUGUUAUGAUGCUAUCAUUAUCAAUAACAUCGGUCGUCAAAACUGUCCAGGAAGUGAUUUCCUACGUAGCCUAACACUGUCUAACACCACUACUGACAAAGGUUGCUUAAAUCCAAAUGUAGUAACAAACUCAACUACCAAUUUCGAUGAUGAUAUCUGGUUUACUUGCAACGAGACUGAUACUGCGCCUCCAGUCUUUGAGUUUGACUACGAAAAUGGCUGGGGUGUUAUACACUUCCUCAAUCAUGCUGAUCAUUGGGAUAUGAUCAUAUCAAUUGACGAGCACGAGGUGUUCACAUUCGCAGCUGAUGGUAAUUUCCAUGAACCACUUGUCAACGACGCUUUCAUCCUUGGUGUAUCUAACAGAAUGGGUAUUGCAUUCAGACUUGACAAGCCUGGUGAAUAUGUCAUGAGGGUUGCUGCAUACCAGGAUCCACAGAUCAUAACUGGUUAUGCAAUCAUCAAGUAUGGAUUAGACCAGUUCGAAACCACGAGCUAUACCCAACAACCUGGUUUACCUGCACUUCCAGAUUCAAUACCAUUUAUAGACUAUGCUGGUAAUGCUGUCUCGAAUGACACGCGUAUUAUGGACAAUCUUGCGCUUAGAUCUUGGCCAAAUUCGCUCGUACCAAAGGCAUACGAAGAUGCUGAUGUACUUUUAAGGCUCGAUUUGAAUGCUUCGGGUACAUUAUUCUGGAGUAUCGGAGAGCAGUUUUAUGAUCCGCUCCUCGAAACGAGCCAAGCUCCUGUGUUGAUACACCCUGAGUACUAUCUGGGGCUCAACAAGUCAAUUGCAGAAUAUCCUAAAGAAUCGGUCGUAGAUAUUGUUCACGUAACUGCACCAGGAUCACCAAGACAUCCUCUGCAUAAACAUUUCGAACACGUCUGGGUUCUUGGUGGUGGCGUUGGUCCAUUCAACUACUCAUCUAUCACCGAAGCAGAAUCAGCUGGACUGCCUAUCGUAUGGGACUCUCCUCCUAUCAGAGACGGAUGGUUGACUUUUGCUGCACCUCCUAACGACACAGCUUGGUUUGUGGUCCGCUAUAAAGGUGAGACAUCAGCUGCUGUUCUCCUACACUGUCACAUUCUAGCCCAUCAGAAUGGUGGUAUGGCUUAUACACUCGCCCAAGGACCUGAAGAUUUCUCAAAAGUGCCAGAGUAUUAUAAGCUGAGAGCCAAUGGAGAAGCACCACAUACUCCUCUUCCAUUCGGUCCUGAUGACCUUACCAUUCCGGUACUAGAAGAAGGCCUUCUUCCUUGAGUGUUUAAGAUUUACAAAUUGUCUGUAAUUCAUUUAAAAUACAUGAAC